AUGGUGCAUUGCAUCUUUGUGGCACCUGAGCCUCCACAGGAGACACCCUCACCAACUCCAGCUCUUCCUGGUGAAGCUCCAUACUUGAAGGGAGACUACCCUGAAGAUCUAUUUUCUGUUGAAGACCGUAGACGAGGCUGGGUGAUCCUCCACGUCUUUGGGAUGUUGUACAUGUUCAUUUCACUUGCAAUAGUGUGUGAUGAGUUCUUUGUUCCUGCGCUGGGGGUGAUCACAGAGACUUUAGCCAUCUCUGACGAUGUAGCAGGAGCCACCUUCAUGGCUGCUGGAGGUUCUGCCCCCGAACUGUUCACCUCCUUGAUAGGAGUCUUCAUCGCCCACAGCAAUGUGGGUAUCGGCACAAUUGUUGGUUCAGCUGUGUUCAACAUUUUGUUUGUGAUCGGGAUGUGUGCUUUGUUUUCACGGGAGAUACUUCAUCUCACCUGGUGGCCACUUUUCAGAGAUGGAUCCUUCUACAUAUUUGGCCUUAUCUUACUCAUCAUCUUCUUCCUGGAUAAUGUCAUAAUGUGGUGGGAGAGCUUGAUGCUGCUGGCCUGUUACACUGUCUAUGUGAUUUUCAUGAAGUUUAAUGUGCAAAUUGAACAAACCUUCAAGUCCCUACUCAUCAAAAACAAGAACAUUGUGAGGAUUGCUAUCGGGGAACCUGAAAAGGUAAACGGCGACGCUGAACAUAAUGCCCUUCCUGCUAAAGGGGACAAGAAACUGUUAAAGUUGAAGCCAUCCCUUCAGCGAGGGGGGAGCUCAGCUUCUUUACACAACAGCACCAUGAGAAACACCGUCUUUCAACUCAUGAUCCACACAUUGGACCCUAUAGGAGAGGGGAAAUUUAAGGAUAAGGCUGAGACACUGAAUAGUGUGGCUAGAGGGGCGACAGAGAACAAAACUCAGGACAAACGUGAAGAUGGUGGAGAUAAACCUGAGGCGACCAAAGAGCGAGAGGCGGCCCCAGCACCGGAUGAGCAGGAUCAACCAGAGGACAAGAAGGAGGAUGUGCCAACAGGAGAGGAUGGGUCAGGAGGCUCUGACAGUGAGGAAGAUGACAGUCAAGAAGAUAGCAAAGAGUCCAGUGAAGAAGAAGAAGAAGAAGAUGAGGAGGAGGAGGAGGAAGAGGAGGAGGAGGGCGAUGAAGAAGAAGAGGAGAAAGAAGAUGAGCCUUUGUCUUUAGAGUGGCCUGAAACACGACGUAAACAAGCCACCUACCUCUUCCUGCUGCCCAUCAUCUUCCCUCUGUGGCUCACAGUUCCAGAUGUUCGCAACCAGAAAUCCAGACAUUUCUUUGCCGCCACUUUUCUGGGCUCUAUCAUCUGGAUUGCCGUUUUCUCCUACUUCAUGGUUUGGUGGGCCCAUCAGGUGGGUGAGACCAUCGGCAUCUCAGAGGAGAUUAUGGGCCUGACGAUCCUGGCUGCAGGGACCUCCAUCCCUGACCUCAUCACCAGUGUGAUCGUGGCGCGUAAAGGCCUGGGGGACAUGGCUGUGUCCAGCUCGGUGGGCAGCAACAUCUUCGACAUCACAGUGGGUCUUCCAGUGCCAUGGCUCCUGUACUCAUCGCUCCACGGUUUUGCUCCAAUGGCCGUCAGCAGCAACGGGCUCUUCUGUGCCAUCGUGCUGCUCUUCAUCAUGCUCCUCUUUGUCAUCAUCUCAAUUGCAUCCUGUCAUUGGAAGUUGAAUAAGAGGCUGGGUUUCACCAUGUUCCUGCUCUACUUUGUCUUCCUGGUGCUUAGUGUGAUGCUGGAGGAUCGCAUCAUUGUCUGCCCUGUUUCCAUCUGAGCA